CAAUACUAUUCGAUAAUGUUUAUACUUACCAUACUUACUUAUUAAUUAAUAACUGACCGUUACUACCGUUAUGCACUCAGGACGUAUAGUGUAGCAAUUGGAUACCAUACCUACCAAAAAUUACGAAAACAAUAUGAAAUCAACGCUUGAUGGGAAGUCGCGUUGGAAAGAAAAAAUUGAAAACAAAGAUUACACGCCUCUGACGUGUAAAAACUGUUGUGAAUUAGCGACGAAACUGUUGGAAAAUUUUGAAGAAAAAACGCAUUUGUUUCAUCGACCGAGCACAACGAGUACAAAUCCUGAAAGACCGUUCGAUGACAACAAGUCGUCUACCAGUUACUAUCACGACGAUUCAAAAUGUUACUGUUCAUUGCCGACAAAUAGUGACCAUUGUUUAGAAAAUUGCACGAAAAAUGUCAAGUGCUGUGUUUGCAACGUUAGCGACUAGCCGACUAUAGGUAGUUGGUGAAAAAAAAUUUGUUUACAAUAAUAUGACAUAUCGAUUUAUAUGAAAUUGAUAUUUUGUAGAUAAUAUGAUUUAACAAUAAAUAUUCUAUAUGUUUCAAUCGUAUAUCACAU